AACAUUUUGCUCUGUCUAGCCUCUCUCGCUAAUAAAGAAACAAUGGCGACGGCGGCGACUGCAGCGGGCGGAUCGGGAUCCGGAGGACCAUCAGCCGGUCAAGCAGGGGCCGGUUCCUCGAUCGGACGGAAGAAAGACGGAGGACCGUCUUCGAAGUACUGGGAGAGCUCGGAAACGGUGUCCCAGCUGGAGACGGUUCGGCUGUGGAUCGGGAAACAUUACAAAAAGUAUGUCCAAACCGACUCUCCUACAAACAAAUCUUUGGCUACGUUGGUGGUACAGUUGCUGCAGUUUCAAGAGGAUGCAUUUGGGCGUAGAGUCAGCAAUCCUGCCCUUACCAAGCUACCAGCAAAGAGCUUUCUUGACUUCAAAUCUGCUGGAGCUCUAUGUCACAUUCUUGGGUCUGCAUACAAGUUCAAGAGCGAGCAGGGCUGGAGGAGGUUUGAUCUCCAGAACCCAUCCAGAAUGGACAGAAAUGUGGAGAUGUUUAUGACUAUUGAGAAGACACUUGUUCAGAACAACACGUUGACUCGACCUAUUGUGUACAUUGUGUCUGAUGUGGAGCAAAAGCAAGCCAAUAAGCUCAAAGACAUCAUCAAGAGACAUCAGGGAACUAUCGCUGAAGAUAAGUCGAAGGCCACCCAUAUUAUCUACCCAUCCCCGGCCCAGCUGGAAGAAGAAGAGUGGCUACGUCCUGUCAUGCGCAAAGACAAACAGGUGUUGGUUCACUGGGGAUAUUACCCUGACAGUUAUGACACAUGGGUAUCAACAAAUGAGGUGGAUGGAGAUGUUGAGGAUCCACCAAGCUCUGAGAAACCGUGGCGGGUGCAUGCUAAGUGGGUCAUGGACACGGAUGACUUCAACGAGUGGAUGAAUGAGGAAGAUUACGAAGUGGAUGAAAACAAGAAGCCUGUGAGUUUCCGCCAGCGGAUCUUCCCAGGGGAAGAAGUGUCUUCCCGUACACCUGAUCGCAAGGACCGCAAGUCUCUGGCCGGUGGCAAGAAGAGGCGGCGCUCUCCGUCCCCACCCAGCACUCCUGUGGAGUCUCGCAAGAAGGGCAAGAAAGGCAGUAAUCCUGGAUCACAGUGGAGGCGUCGUGGACAUCAGAAUGACGAUGAGCAAGAUGAAGAUCUCACAAAGGAUAUGGAAGAUCCAUCCCCUGUGCCAGGAAUGGAGGAGGUUUCAUUGCCAAAAAAUGCCAGUCAGAAGAAAGACAGUGAGAACACACCAGUGAAAGGGGGAACGGUCACAGAUUUGGGUGACCAGGAAGAUGAUUCAGUAGCCUCUGGUGGCAAGGAGGAUGACGAACAAGAUAAAACGGCGGUCAAUCGUCUGAUCGACUCCGAAGACAACGUGACUGAGCAAACCCAUCACAUUAUUAUCCCUAGUUAUGCCGCUUGGUUUGACUACAACAGUAUACAUGAAAUCGAGAGACGUGCCCUACCAGAGUUCUUCAAUGGCAAAAACAAAUCUAAGACUCCAGAGAUAUAUCUGGCUUAUCGUAACUUCAUGAUCGACACGUACCGUCUGAAUCCUCAGGAGUACCUGACCUCCACCUCCUGCAGGAGGAACCUCACUGGAGAUGUGUGUGCGGUCAUGAGGGUUCAUGCCUUUCUGGAGCAGUGGGGACUGGUGAACUACCAGGUUGAUGCAGAGAGUAGACCCCUCCCUAUGGGUCCACCACCAACCCCACAUUUCAACGUACUGGCUGAUACUCCCUCUGGUUUGGUACCAUUGCAUCACCGCCCCCCACAGGUUCCCAAUGCCCAGCCGAUGCUGAACUUCCCAGAAAAGGGCAAAGACAAGCCUACCGACCUGCAGAACUUUGGUCUCCGUCCAGAUAUAUACUCGAAGAAGAAUCCCAAGAUUAAGGGAACUGCUGGUGGCAGAGACUGGACCGAGCAAGAAACUUUGCUUCUGUUGGAGGCUCUGGAGAUAUACAAGGAUGACUGGAACAAGGUCUCGGAGCACGUGGGCAGCCGUACUCAGGAUGAGUGCAUCUUGCACUUCCUGCGGCUGCCAAUAGAAGAUCCUUACCUUGAGAGUUCUGAGGCCUCAUUAGGACCUCUGGCCUACCAGCCGAUCCCCUUCAGCCAAUCAGGAAACCCAGUCAUGAGCACUGUUGCGUUUCUCGCCUCCGUGGUUGACCCACGCGUGGCGGCAGCUGCUGCCAAAGCAGCUCUAGAGGAGUUCUCUCGUGUACGUGAGGAGGUGCCGACAGAGCUGGUUGAGGCUCACGUGAAGAAGGUGCAGGAGGCGGCCCGCAACACUGGUAAAGUGGACCCCUCGUUUGGUCUGGAGAGCAGUGGUAUUGCUGGCACUGCCCCCGAGGAGCCAGAGAAGACGGAGACAACAGAGACUGAGAAGAUGGACACAGACUCUGACUCCCAGCAGCCAGAUAAGGCGGAGUCCAAAGAUGAAGCUGAGAAGCCCAGCGAGUCUGCGGAGAAGCCGGCAGAGGUAGAAAAAGAAAAGAGCGAGACGACAGAAAAGUCUGAGCCACAGGAGGAGGAAGAGAGCGAAGGUGGAGAAACAAAGACAGCAGAGAAAGACAAAGAGGAGGCCAUGGAGACCACAGAGGAAGAGAAAGAGGCAAAGGAGGAGAAGGAGGAAGGAAGGAAGCUGGAGUUAGAUAUCGAAGAGGGCAACAUUGCCACCGCUGCCGCAGCUGCUCUGGCAUCUGCUGCGACCAAAGCAAAGCACCUGGCAGCAGUGGAGGAGAGAAAGAUCAAGUCUCUUGUGGCUCUGCUGGUUGAGACUCAGAUGAAGAAGCUGGAGAUUAAACUCAGACACUUUGAGGAGCUAGAGACCAUUAUGGAUCGUGAGAAAGAAGCGCUGGAGCUCCAGAGACAGCAGCUCCUGACCGAACGACAGGCAUUCCACAUGGAGCAGCUGAAGUAUGCAGAGAUGAAGGCUCGUCAGCAGAUGGAACAGCAGGCGGCUGCAGCUGCGCAGCAGAACGCAGGAGGCCAUCACGGACCUCCACCACACGGCCCACCUCCGGGCAUGCACACUGGACAUCCCGGACUCCCCGGCCCUGGGUAUCCCCCCAUGCAUCAUGCCAUGGGUCCCCACCAUGCCCCUCAGUCAGGACCAAUGGUUGGACCAGGACAGCCCAUGCCAGGUCGGAUGAUGACUGGACCUCCCCCAGUUGGCCCCCCACAGGGUGGCAUGCCCCCUAUGAUGGGACCACGGCACCCUGGACCACUCAACGGCAUGUAUACAGGUCCACCACCUCCUCAACCUACACAGCCUGAUGUGAUGCCUCCUGUCCCAGUGGGACCUCCCAUCUCUGCGCCCGCUCCUCGUGCUGCUGAAAACUAAACUGUUGCCCUGUCCUCACACAUGUACACAUCUGCACACAAAUACACACAGUCAAUCGAACAUUUUACUCCUUUAAAUCCAAAUUAAUCCUGGUUCCUCUGAACCGCUCGCAAACCUGAUGGGUGGGUCAUCUCUAAAGCCUUUUUCUCCCAAGCUGAGCUAAGCACUCACCUCCUCACCCAUAAACAUCCUCGCAUGCUCAGGGCACAGGAGUACAGUUGUUCCUGCAACUCUUGGCUAGUAAUAGCAUUGGCUACUGUUUGUUCUGUAAUGUAUAACACCGCGCUGCUAACGCUAACAGACUCCUGUGUUUGGGGAGGAACACCUGCUGUCGUCUGGCUCCUCUUUGUAAUGUGACUGAAAGAAUAAUAUGUGUAUAUUGUGCUAAGCCAUGUAAGCUAAACCCUCUGAGACUGGAGCACAGCUCUGUUGUGAGUCAGUGCUCCCUCUUCGAAAACACACUGUAGAUACGAGCCGGUCGGCAGCCUCCUGCCCUACAGGCCUGUGAUGCGCAAAGAACCAGAUCUCGCCACCGUUUUGUUUGUCUGUGGUGCAGUGUUUAUCUUAACAGGGUUCCUAGUGGCUUCUCUGAGCUUCCUAUAAUAUUUACACCCUCACCUUGCUAAGAAUCUACCUCACCGGUCGUUUUCCACCUGUGCACGGUUUGUGUUGCUAUAUUGCUCAGACUUGCUUUAUGGUGCUUAGUUUAGUCAGCCACACUGUGACCUAGUAAUGCUCAGGCUAGAGCGGAGAUCAGCGAGCGCUCACCCUAUGGGGCGUAACUUAUGCCAUAACCCCGGCCAAGCGGUCCCUGCUGUCCAGAACAUGCAGAUACUCCGCUUUAGAGAUGUACCCACAUGCGCCAAAACACAAAACACGCCACAUGACAAACUCCAUUCGUUCACACUGAGAAUGAUAAUGGAGGUGAACAUGGUAUCACACUGAAAUGACGGAGGACCUUUGCUUGUUUUAGGUGUAGCUAGCCCUUUGUGCUCCUCCCUUAGGUGCUGACAGAAUAGCUGCCCUGCCUCGCUCUACCUCUCUCACUUUACUACCUCUUUUCUCUCUCUCUCUCGCGCUCUCUCUUCCUAUGGCUGUUGUCUCUCUUUUGUGUGUGCCCAUGUGACUGCUGCAUUACUGCUGUGUGGAGGCUGUCGUCCUCUUCCUCCUCAGGUGAACCAAGCCCCUCUCUUCAUCACGGCCCACCCCGCUACACACACACACACACACACACACACAGAUACACAUGCAUUUCCUCUUCUAAAACUUUCCCGGCUGUAUAUCACAGGAGACGGGUGAUUCCCUAUCUUCCUCAUCCCGAAUAUAUAUCUUUUAUUGCUUUUUAUUUUAUGGUAAUGUAUUUUUAAGAAAAUAAAGAUUGUGUAGACUCA